AUGUCCAAACCCAGAAGACCCAAUCCCAUGCUAAUCUCCUACCUAUCCCUCCUUUUGAUCCAUACCCAUUUCUCAAUCUGCAAUGGGGUUUCAGCUUUUGACCUCAAUUCACUGAAAGGAAGUGGAAUUGAUGGUAUGGUGGGAGCUGGAAGGGCCUGCAACCAGAAGAUUGGGGAGUGCUUGACAGAGCCAGAAAUGGAGUCAGAGACCAGCAGGAGAGUUCUAGCAAUGCAGAAGAAGUACAUAAGCUAUGAGACACUGAGGAGGGACUUGGUUCCAUGUGGAAAACCUGGGGCUUCAUAUUACAAUUGUCAUGCUGUUGCGGCAAAUCCUUACAGUAGAGGCUGUGAGGUCAUUACAAGAUGUGCAAGAGGUAAUGACAUCAAAACUUGA